CUCCUCCCAUCGGGGCGGGGAAGGAAGAUGGCGGCGCCCUGCAGCCGGUGAGGAGAGAGGACACGGGAUCCCGAGGAGCGGCCAGACACCGAUGUUAUGGCCGCAUCUCCGCACUGUCUCUCCUCACGCCUCCUGACAGGCUGGGUAGGAGGCUGUGUCUGGUAUCUAGAAAGAAGAGCUAUGCGGGAAUCCCAUCACAAGUUUAUGCAUCUUUUUAGGAAUGUCAAUAAGCAAUGGAUUACAUUUCAGCACUUUACGUUCCUCAAACGCAUGUAUGCCACACAGCUGAACAGAAGCCUCAACCAGCAAGUAAAGCCGAAGCCAGAACCCAUGGUAUCUCCUUUCCUCGAAAAAACAUCUUCGGGGCAAGCCAAAGCAGAAAUAUAUGAGAUGAAACCUUUUUCACCCUCCAGCCUAUCUUUGUCUAGAAAGCCAAAUGAAAAAGAAUUGAUAGAACUAGAAUCUGCCUCAGUAAUUGAAGGCUCAAUAGAUGUGGGAAAAGAGACAAAAGAGGAAAAGCAGUGGAAAGAGAUGAAGCUGCAUGCGGACGAUUUGCCAGGAAUUUUGGCUCGACUGUCCAAAAUCAAACUCACAGCUCUAGUUGUCAGCACCACGUCAGCUGGAUUCGCACUGGCCCCAGGGCCUUUUGACUGGUCCUGUUUCCUGCUUACCUUUCUUGGAACGGGCCUGGCAUCUUGUGCUGCCAACUCCAUCAAUCAGUUUUUCGAGGUGCCAUUUGAUUCAAACAUGAAUAGGACAAAGAACAGACCUCUGGUUCGUGGACAGAUCAGCCCGUUGCUAGCUGUGUCCUUUGCCACUUGCUGUGCCGUUCCAGGAGUCGCCCUUCUGACCUGGGGGGUGAAUCCACUCACAGGAGCCCUGGGGGUCUUCAACAUUUUCCUGUACACCUGCUGUUAUACGCCGUUGAAGAGGAUCAGCAUUGCCAACACGUGGGUCGGGGCUGUUGUCGGGGCCAUCCCACCCGUCAUGGGCUGGACAGCAGCCACUGGGAGCCUCGAUGCUGGAGCAUUUCUUUUGGGAGGAAUCCUCUACUCCUGGCAGUUCCCUCAUUUCAACGCCCUGAGCUGGGGCCUCCGCGAGGACUACUCCCGAGGGGGCUACUGCAUGAUGUCAGUCACCCACCCUGCCCUGUGCCGGCGGGUUGCCCUGCGCCACUGCCUGGCCCUAAUUGGACUGUGCACGGCAGCCCCCCUACUGGACGUCACCACGUGGGCCUUCCCCGCCGUCUCCCUGCCCAUCAACUUGUAUAUCUCCUACCUCGGCUUCCGGUUCUACGCAGAUGCCGACCGGAAGAGUUCCCGGAAGCUGUUCUUCUGCAGCCUCUGGCAUUUACCCUUGCUCCUGCUUCUCAUGCUCACCUGUAAACAGCCACCAGGUGGGGAAAGCGACAAGGGAGAACCUCAGAGUUGAAAUCACAUUGGCGUGUGGGGACAAAACAAAAACAUUCAAGGAGACACAACGGUUUCCCUUCGCUUAGGGGAAGAAUAUUGUGGUAAUUCUGGAGCGCCAGAAGAGAAAUCGCUGGGUUUAGCACAAGAUUGUAAAAUGAUUUGGUGCUCAAUGAUCACUCGACAGCUUUUUAAAUGAUAUACAAAAUGCUCCCCAAAUAAGAAUGCGUUAGCUCAGAUUAAUACAAAGACUAUUUCUCUCUUUGGGGGUCUUUAUAUAUCUCUUCCUCCAACCCCACCCCCAUUGUUUUUCUUCUUCCUCGUGUAGAUACACUGCGCACCUCUAACUUUUCUGCACCCCACCACACACCCCUCACCUGCCAGCCAGAGUGGUAAUUGUGGACGAGACAAGGUGAGCACUGGUCCUCUAAUAUCUGUAGUUCUGUGGCCUCAGGUUACUUGAGGACCAUGUCAGAGAACAUGCACACCUGCACACCGCUAGCUGCAGCACCCUUCCCUGUGAGUCAGCUGGGGGGCCAGUUCCAGCUUUCUCUACCCCACACAUUCACCACCGCAUAUUCCCUCAUGCAAUAAUAGAAUCCAAAGGAUGGGCUGUUACAUGCCUUUCGGAGGAAGAAUUCCAAACGGUUGCCUAGGGGAUCUCAGACUGAACUGCCAGCCCUGCCCCACCUCCAUUACAUGUCAGCAUUUCAAAAACUGCAAGGAGUCAAAGGCAUCUUUACAGUUCACUUUAAAAUACAGGAGUUGUCUGAAGUGUUUCUUUCUGGGAGGGCAGCACUAGACUUAAUACCAGAAAUCCCUCCCACUCGGGUCUGUCUGUCACUGUACUCUUUAGUCUCUGUGCAGAUGUCUCCUCCUCAUUCCUACGUGGCUUGCUCAGGGCCAGAGGGAAAAGGUGAGCUGUGCCACCAGCUCACAUAGCUCAUGUGCUUGUUCUGUAGUGAGGAACCCAUUUCCAUCCUGGCAUCUUCUGAAUUCAGAAAUUCCCCUCCACACAUUCAAUGGCUCUAAGAGUCAGAAGCCCGAGUUGGACUCCUGGUGGGGCUGCUUCCGGUUCAGGGAGCUGUGAGUUUCACUAUAGCCAGGUGUGGCCUCGGUCACCUGUGGUUCCAUCUGUCCUUCAUGUCCGCCCCCUUGUCCUCUGUUGAGUCCCAUUUGCCUGAAGGUCUUGAAGCUUAACAGGAUGUCUUAAUUACUCAGUCUCCAGGGGCAUGGCUGCCCUGUAGGAAUUCAUUUGGGGAGUUUAAACAACAUUUAAGCAGUCAUUGCAAUAUGCCUGUUCUCUCAAAAAUUUCUAAAGCGAUUCCAGAUAGCGUCUGAUCCCUGUUUCCACUUAUCUGAAAUAUUACCUCUUAGCCGUAUCCAGGUUAUUUACUGUGGGGAACAUGGCACAGGAAUGUCUGGAAAGAGCAUCGACAACUGUUGCAGCCCUGAAAUUUGUAAAAUGCUUCGGUUCCCUUUUCCUGCUGCAAUAAACAAGUAUGUAAGA